AGUGCAGGGAGUUAUUCUUUCUCCAUAGGAAUUACAGAGGUUCUUAAUACAAACCUUGUGCUAGAAUUAAGUGCGAAUGAUGUAGAGUAUGUUUAUCAAAGGAGCCCAGGAAAGAUAAUAAGUGUUAGUGUCCCUACAUUUGAAGCCCUAACUCAAUUUGGUGUUGCUACAAUCACAACUAAGAAUACCGGUGAGGUGGAAGCGUCAUAUAGUUUGACGGUAGUCUCCUUCGCUAUAUUGUGUUUCAUGACAUCUGUCUUUAUUAUCCAAUGCUCCUUAUACUCGGACAAUGGAAUGUUUGAUUUGAUUUUUUUUUAUUCAAUGUCAGAUAUGCAUUAUAUUAAUUUCUAUACUUGUGGCACGGUUCUUUAAGGCUUGAGAGUGUUAGUGGAGUUCUGUUCUAUUUUUUUCCCCUUAUAAUGUCUCAUAGGAAACUGGGUUGUGAUAAAUUUUUUAUAAAAUUUUUUGACCUGUGCUCAUUGUUGAUAUGAGGACAUGAUUGUUUAAUUAUCAUGGUACCUGAAAGCCGCACACCACAUAUCACUUCCUCCUUGCGUACCAUAACAUUCAGGGGGGAAAUUAUUGUUUGGUUAAAUUAACUCUGGUUAGUUGAAUUGACUGCAUGACAUGAAUAGGAAUUUAACAGAUGCAUGCUACUCCUGAUGCUUUAGUUUUAUUAUGGUUACAAAAUUAGGUUCAAAUAUACUUGAUGCUUGCAUUGCAGUAAUUUUCCUUAGGGUCCAACAAGCUGUAGUUUUAGCUUUGCUAUAUUGUGUUGUCUUGCAGUUUAAUUGCUCCAGGGAUAUCACCCUGAUGGAGGUAUCAUGCUAAAACAUAUGCCAGAAGUUUGUUUUUUUGCCCCUUUUUGUUCUAUACUUUCAUAGGUCUUCUAUUAUGUUUUUUCUUGUUUGCUUGUAAACAUGGUUCAGGAGCAAUUUUUAAUAAUGAAGCCAAAUGAGGUUACAACCCAAUCUUGCAAAAUCUACCCAAGCACUGAUCAGGCUUCAAAAUAUUUUUGUGCGGCCGUAUUAAAGGAUUCUGCUUAUAAUGAAGUUGAUAGAGCUGAAUGUCAAUUUGCUACUACAGCAACUGUUCUUGACAACGACACGCAGGGUAUGCCUUUUCAACCACCAGAGGCCAGUAUAAACAGUUUCUUUGAUUCUAUCGAAAGCAUAUGGAAUAAAAUAUGGACAAGCAUAACAGAAUUUAUCACUGGAAAAACUUGUAGAGAAAAAUGCUCUGGGUUUUUUGACUUCAAGUGCCACAUACAAUAUGUUUGCUUGAGUUGGGUAAUGAUGUUUGGUCUGUUUUUGACAAUUUUUCCGACAGUGCUUGUGGUAUUAUGGCUUUUGCACCAGAAAGGUCUAUUUGAUCCUUUGUAUGACUGGUGGGAGGAUAUCUUAGGCGCUGAUGAACAAAUCAUCAUGGAUAAACGUAAAUUCAAAAUUGACAAGGGGCAUCACCAUAUUCAUGAUAACAAACAUCAUAAGCAAGAACAUAGGCACUCUAACUAUAGUGCUGAAAAUAGGCGAAGGACCACUUAUGAGCAUAUGCACAAGCAUUCUGAAAGGAACUCCGAUUAUUUUGAUGAUUUACACCAUGUUCAUAAAGAAAUGCACAAGUAUGGGCAUAAAAAACUGAAUAUGGAUAAUGUGCAGCAUAUUGUUGACCAUCCUGUACAUCACAAACACAGAAAGAAACGGGAUAGCUCAAAGGGGGAGUUAAAGAGAUGAAGCUAAAACAUGAUAAAGUGAGGCAAGAAAAUUAUGACAAACACAUACAAGUUCUGCUAGACGAGCCAGAGGCUGAGUGGAUUGAAGCCUGAACGUAUAAUUUAAUGUACAUACUUUUUAAUUUCUGACACUAACGUUUUAGAGAAACUUGUUAUGUAUUUCAUAGAAUCAUAGUUACGGUUUUUAUC